CGGCGGCUGCUGUGCAGCACGUGUGGCGCUGUCGGCGGUUCGUUUGGUAAUCUCUCUUGUUGGCGUGGUGGUGCCACCGUGAAGAGCGGAGUGGCAGCUUCGGCCUAGGCUCGUGAGCUGAUGGAAUCUGCAGCGGAGAAGGAAGGGACUCCGGGAGGAGGUCCCCAGAGGGUAGCGGAGGGGGCGCGGCCGAGGCCUGCGGCUGGUGGGGAGGGAGCCAGGGACUUAGAUGGGAGCCCUGAAGCUGGCGAUGGACAGGAGAGGAACGGACUGACAGGAACUAAGACCGCGGAGGAUGCGGAGGAGAUAAAGAUGGACUUAGCUGUGGUGAAGCAGGAAGUGGUAGACUGGUCGGAUUUAGACGGUGGUGUUGCGGACAGCCACCGGGUGAAGCAGGAGGUGGAGGGCGGGCCCGAGGUGAAGGAUGAGGAAGGCGUGUUGGAAGUGAAGCAGGAGGCGGAUAGUAGCCUGGUGGUGAAAGAAGAGGAGGUGGAUGAGCCAGAAGUGAAGGAAGAGAAGGUGAAGGUGAAGGAGGAGGAGACGGACUGGGAAGAAGUGAAGGAGGAGGAGAAGGUGAACAUAAAACAGGAGUUGUUUGUUGGUCAGAACGUAAAGGAGGAGCAGAUGAUGGAUGCAGCGCCUAUAAAAGAUGAGGGUUGCCUCAAGAGCGAAGCGAUGGAAGAUACGAAGGUGAAGGAAGAGCCCCAGAUGAACCCCCGAGUGGGCUGCAAGAGGAAAUUGGCUAUGUCAAGGUGUGAGACUUGUGGGACAGAAGAAGCGAAGUACAGAUGUCCACGCUGCAUGCGCUAUUCCUGCAGUUUGCCCUGUGUAAAGAAACACAAAGCUGAUCUAACAUGUAAUGGCAUCCGGGAUAAGACCGCUUAUGUGUCGCUGCAACAGUUUACUGAGAUGAAUCUCCUGAGUGACUAUCGAUUUUUGGAAGAUGUGGCAAGAACGGCAGACCAGGUUUCAAGAGAUACUUUCUUGAAAAGACCAAAGCGCAAAAAAUAUCUGUUCUUUAUGAAGAAUCGUGCCCGAAAGCAAGGUAUUUACUUGAGGCUUCUACCCAAUGGAUUUAGCAAGAGAAAAGAGAAUUCAACAGUUUUUGACCAUAGGAAGCAGCAGUUUUGUUGGCAUGUCAAGCUCCAGUUUCCUCAGAGUCAAGCAGAGUACAUAGAAAAAAGAGUACCAGAUGAUAAAACUAUUAAUGAAAUUCUAAAACCUUACAUCGAUCCUGAAAAGUCUGAUCCUGUGAUUCGUCAGAGAUUGAAAGCCUACGCACAAUCACAGACCGGGGUCCAAAUUUUAAUGAGGGUCGAAAAUAUGCAGCAAAAUAUGAUAAGGUAUCAUGAACUGGAUCCUUACAAAAGCCUUUCAGACAACUUGAGGGACAAAGUGAUCAUUGAGUACCCGACUUUGCACGUGGUGUUGAGAGGAUCUGGUAAUGACAUGCAGCUACUUCAAGUGAAAAGUGACUCUGCCCAGAAGCUCGGCGAUGGAAAUUGAGCACUGUGGAAGAAGGUGGACGUUCCCAGAGGGCUGAGAAGAUUGUGUGUUACUGGACUGCUGGGUGACUGGGUCUGUCAGUGGGUGGUGUGUUGUUUGUCUAAAAAGUAAUUAAACAACAUAAUGUUUCUCACGGGGAGAAUGUUACUGCCUUUUGAGCUAAGUGACUUAUAAACCCUCUUCCAUAGGAUGAGUUCCUUGUGCACCUGACUGGUGUAAUCCUUACUAGACAUUCAGUAUGCUUAUUUCUAUAAGCUGAAAACAUGUUUUAUUUGUUGGGUUGUCACAAGACCAAACCCAAGGGUCAUCUGUAUCAACCACAAAGCUGGCUCUCUGUGGUCUCAUCUCUCUGAAGAGAAUGCCUCAUAGCAAAGCAGCCACACCUUCUAAUAGUGCCUCCCCUGGGCUGAGCAUAUGCAAACCAUCACACGUGUCAUAAUGAAUACUCAUGUUAUACCUACAGGAGGUGAGGUUGGAAUGGGUCUCUGAGAGCCCUAGAAGACAGUGGUAUUAAAGCUCACUCUUAGAUUCUGACAAAUUCUGGAGGAUACAGACUGAGACAGUGACAAGUUUGUCAUCUGCAGUCUGUCCAUGGAUUACCUUCUAGGAGGGGAGAACCUGUACCUGGCCUCUUAGUUUUUAAACAGUGAUUUCAAAGACAAAAUACAGCUUUUCAUAGUUGCUAAUUAUCACAUAUAGGAUUAGUAUCAUAAUUUACAACAUAAAAUUUGCAAGUACAAGAACCUAAAUUUGAACCUCAGAACCCACAUUUACAGAAAAAGCAACAGCUGUCAGGCGUGUAAUCCCAGGCCAGCCUGGCCUUGCUUACUCUGUGACUUCAAGGUCAGUGAGAAACGUCUCAAAAUCAGGGUGGUCCACACGCAUAGCACACACAGUUAUCCUCUGGCUGCACACAUGCACGCUGCAUCCUUCAGCCCUUGACAAGCCAGCUGUGUGAGCCUACUCUUUCCUGUUUCAUAUUCUUUGUGAGUAAUUCAAGGCUCCAGAGCCCCUUUUUCUUUCCAUUCCUUACUGUGAUAUUUUACUUAGGAUCUCCAGAGUCACUUAAAUACAGCGUCAUCAUAUGGAGGAGACUGAGGUCCAGCCAGAUUAAGGCGUGUGCUCAAGACCACUUAGAUUAAGUGAACCAGCAAUGUAUUCAAGCCAACACAGUUGAGCUUCUUAGAUUACAUCCUUAACUGUUGGGCUACAAUCUCAGGUAGGCUCUGUAUCAGAGACCAUCUGGGAUUCCUGCUGUCUCAAGUUACUGUGACUAAACUUGCCACAGACAUUUUGUUCUUCAUGCUUGUGACCAGUUAUGAGUUUCUGUGUUUACCACCUUCCUCUGUGUAAAGAAACUUAUCUAAUGAGGUCUGAGAGCUGCUCUCAUAGAUAAACUUGUUGGGUUAUUUAUUCGUUUGUUUUGUUUUAUUUUUUCUUUUUAAAGACAAGAUCUGUAUUUUCUGGGCUAGCUGCAAAUUCACACGUAGCCAAGAAGCCUUGAGCACCUACCUGGUCCUUCUGCCUCCACCUCCCUAGUUCUGGGAUGAUAGAUACCCAACCAACCACUUCUUCUUUUAUUUAAAGAAGGUUGUUCAUAAUUUGUUAGACCCUCUUCUCCAUUUCUCCCAAAACGCUGGCAUCUGGU